AUGUCGUACUACCCGCCAGACACCAAACUUCCCCCGCUCGGGGCCCUCUGCCUUGACUACACCGACGACAUCCACAGGCCUCCCGGAGACGUAAUCAUGUCGGAAAGCUACCACUUUCCAGUGAUCCAGCAGCAGAUUUCUGGAGCCACGUUGUGGAAGGUUGUCGACCCAAACGAGUUUGACGAGGAGUAUUUUCAAUCGUACGUGGCAGCGUGCAAGACGCUCCAGGACAAAGGCUGCAUUGGCAUCAUCACGUCGUGUGGAUUUCUGGCGCAGAUCCAGACUCGGCUUGCCAGCCAGGUCGAUAUCCCUAUUGCUACAAGCAGCUUGCUGCAGGUACCAUCAGUACUGACGAUUCUUUCGCCGAAGAAGAAGAUCGGCGUGAUCACGUUCGACCCGAUUACGCUCUGCGAGACACACUUUAGGGGAGUCGGAAUCACCGAAGAGAUGUGCAAGAGACUUGUCAUCACAGGGUGCAAGCCUGGAGGAGCCCUGCACCGCAUUAUUACCGACGGCGACUCCUACGUUGCCGAAGAACUUGAGCAAGAACUUGUUGACCUGGCCGUCGAGCUGGUGGAGAGCAACUCGGAUAUUGGCGCUUUUGUCCUUGAGUGCACGCAGAUGCCUCCGUACGCCAGAGCAAUCCAGGCAGCCACGGGAAAGCCGGUUUACGAUGGAGUUACCAUGGUUGACUGGUUCUAUUCUGGGUUGCAGUGCAGAACUGUUCCGCCGGAUGGAAACAGGGAGGCAGGUUUUAGAAAGAGACUUAGAAGCGAGAAAGAAAAGAAGAUCUAG